GAAUUUUGCUUUCACGAAUAAUGGAAUUGGCUCUACUUCUUCUCCUUCAUCUUUAAUGCUCACAUGCAGUAAUUUUCAGAUUUUUUUACACUUGAAAUCUUAGUUUUUGAUGAGGUGGAUUAAGUACUGCGAUAAUAAUGGUGGUGAUGAUUGAGGGAUUGGAGAGUGUUGUAUGUAUUGCCUAUGCAGAGUGUAAUUCCUGAGGAAGAGUAGAUUGAAGGAGACGGUGGUGUUUUGGAAUUUAGACUAAUGGUUGGGAACAGAUCUCGCUUCAAUUUGGAGAUCCUGUUGGGUUUCGCUCUGCUGUUCGUCAUCAGAACCUGUUUGGGAGUCACCAAUCCAAGUGAUGUUGCUGCCAUCAAUAGCUUAUAUGUUGCAUUGGGAUCACCUUCUCUUCCGGGAUGGGUGGCAAGUGGUGGAGACCCUUGUGGUGGCCUUUGGCAAGGCGUUGCGUGUGAGGAUUCUUCCAUAAGUUCAAUAACACUUAUUGGUGCUGGUUUGGGAGGAGGAUUGGGUGACAAUCUUGGAGGAUUCUCUGCCAUCAAAUCAAUAACACUGAGCAACAACCUCAUCAGCGGUAGCAUUCCAUCCCAGUUACCGUCUACACUGAUCAAUUUUUUUCUUUCAGAUAAUAGACUGACAGGAAGUAUCCCUACCUCUCUGUCAUCUCUCAGCCAACUAUCAGCUUUGUCUCUUAACAACAAUGGAUUGACUGGAGAAAUUCCUGAUGCUUUCCAAGGCCUUUCAGUUUUGGUUAAUUUAGAUUUGUCAACUAAUAAUUUGAGCGGGCCAUUGCCACCUUCCAUGAAUAAUUUGUCUGGUCUCACUACCCUACAUUUGCAGAAUAAUCAGCUGGCUGGAACCCUCGAUGUUCUGCAAGAUCUUCCACUUAGAGAUUUAGACGUACGGAGCAAUUUAUUUUCUGGGCCAAUUCCUUCAAAGUUGUUGAGCAUACCUAAUUUCCGUGGAGAUGGGAAUCCAUUCAACUCUAGCGUAGCUCCAGUAUCUCCACCAACAUCACCCGGAGCAGUAUCUCCAGCCACACCAUUCUUCCCGGGGCAAACUCCUGAACAGAAACCACCACCUUCUGGACGAAGGUCGCCGAAACAGGCAGAAGGACCAUCUACUGUAACUGAGGGGAUAAAUGCUGACAAAUCAAAAAAGUCUUCCAAGACUAAACGAGUUGUAUGGAUAUCUAUUGCAUCAGUGCUGUCAUUCAUAGUAUUGCUGUUAGCAAUCAUACUUUUUAUACCAAGGUGUCUUAGGGAGAGAAGAGAAAGGAAUUGGACCCCAAAGCGACAUGAAAUAGCCCCGUAUGUUGGUGCACGAGAAAAUCCUAGAGAUGGUGGCCCCAUCAUGCCAUCUAGCCAGGAUGAGGAGAAAGCUCCUCCAGUGACUGCUUUGAAGACAAAGGAAGAGAACCAACAAAGACCAGUGGUUUCGGUACCAAAAUCACGAAAUGAAGAUAUAACUAAGCAACAGCCUAGCUGGGCAGCACCUAGGAGGAAUGACUCUGAGAUAGACUUGAGCAGAUUUGAUAUAGAUAUAAUGGCACCUCCACCUCCGCCUCCUCCACCCCCGCCUCCUCCACCUCCACCACCACCUCCCCCUCCUCCACAUGAAGAGAAGGUGGUUGUGACUCCAAUUAUAGCAUCUGAGGCAAUUGCUGCUGGAACUUCAACUGGACACGUCUCUAAAACCUCUGUGAAGGCUUAUACAAUAGCAUCCCUUCAGCAGUAUACCAACAGCUUUUCACAAGAAAAUCUUGUCGGUUGUGGAAUGCUUGGAAAUGUGUAUCGAGCAGAGCUACCAAAUGGAAGGUUUCUUGCCAUCAAGAAAUUGGACAGGAGGGUUGCAAACCAGCUGAAGGAUGAUCAGUUUAUUGAGCUUGUUAACAAUGUAUACAGAAUUCGACAUGCUAAUGUGGUUGAGCUCCUGGGCUACUGCUUGGAGCAUGGAGAGAAGCUUCUCAUAUAUGAGUAUUGCCCUAAUGGAACACUACAGGAUGCCCUGCACUCAGAGGAUGAAUUUAAGAGAGACCUUUCAUGGAAUAUUCGAAUCAGAAUGGCGCUUGGGGCUGCUAGAGCAUUAGAGUAUUUGCAUGAGGUCUGUGAACCAUCCAUAAUUCACAGGAAUUUCAAGUCCGCUAAUAUUCUACUCGAUGACGAGCUUUCUGUCCGUGUCUCGGAUUGUGGUUUGGCUCCAUUGAUACUUUCUGGAGCCGUUAGUCAGUUAUCAGGACAGCUUCUCACAACCUACGGCUAUGGUGCCCCAGAAUUUGAGUCAGGAAUCUACACGACAAAGAGUGAUGUAUACAGUUUUGGAGUGGUGAUGUUGGAACUCUUAACAGGAAGAAUGUCGUAUGACAGGUCACGAGCUCGAGGAGAGCAGUCCCUUGUCAGAUGGGCAAUCCCUCAACUCCAUGACAUUGAUGCCCUCUCAAGGAUGGUUGAUCCUGAUCUCAGUGGAAAAUAUCCCGUUAAAUCAUUAUCUCACUUUGUUGACAUUAUUUCCCGCUGUGUUCUGGUGGAACCUGAAUUCAGACCGCCAAUGUCUGAAGUGGUGCAGGACCUGAUGCAGCUGAUAAGGAGGGAAUCUCCUGGCGGAUCGAAUGGGGACUAACUAUAACUGCCCGUCCUAUGUAUGUAUGUAUAUUCAAAGUCACAAGUCAGUCUGAGGGAGGGAGGGAAGAUAUGUGAUCCGAUCAAUGCGGUCGAUCAUCACCUCGAGGGUGGGAUCCAUGGAGACAACAGACAGACGACGCUUAAACUCGGACAUGGUAGAUGAUGGAUGAUGAUUCUUGCAUGCAAGGUAUGCUAAAGAAUAUAUAUAUAUAUAUAUAUAUCAUUUUUAUGACCUGACCAUACCUACCGACCAAUCUGAUCGUCUUGGUUCUUGACUGGCGUUUGUGCUUUCUUGCUAUUAUGAAUAACCCGAUGAGAUGCGCACGCUAACCCGAUUUAUUUGAUUUGAUUGGAUCGGAUCCUUAUUAUUUAUUACUCCUGGAUUUUAUUUUAUUUUUUAUUCUUCAACGGGCA